CGGGUCCAGAUCGUAUUUUUUCUAGUGCUCUUUUAGUGCUCUUUUUCAGUCUUCAGGACAGUUCUCAGCUAGCGGAGAGAAGAGCAAAUAUCGCUGCCAUGGCCUCGACUCGCUUCCUCGCCGCCCUCCUGUGCUUGGGCGCAUUUGUUUGCGCAAGAGUGUACAGUGCACAGGCACCGUACUAUGUGCUGGACGCCGACGGCAAAGCGUGUUUACUGCUCAAUGUCGACGUAUCGUUUUCCGCCGUCAACACUACCAAGGGGAUGCUGAAAGGCACGGUGAAGCCAGCAGCACGUGAGAUCGAUGGCUCUUGCGCAGGAGGUAGUGCAACAGCAACACUCAGCGUUACCAAUAUCACCCACCUGUCCAUGGCCAAUGUCACUUUUGGGUUUGAGUUGAACCGCACCAGCAAUGUGUGGGCAGUGAAUAGCAUGUCUUUGAGCCUUUGGGUGGAUUCAGAGGAUAGUGAGUUUGACGACGAAGGGAUGGAGGCAGGUAAUGCAACUGUAAUCCUAAUGGCCGCCACGUCACCAGCAUUUUAUGGUGGUGCCGGUGUCAAUGACACCUACCAGUGCAAUGCAGCGCAGCAGUGGACGUUGAUGAGCGGAAGGGCGAGCAACGGCCAGCUGUCCUUGGCAAACUUCACUGCUCACCCAUUCAACGUGCACGGCAAGAACAGCACAUCCGCUACCGUCACUGAAUGCGAUGCUGACAAGACCCCAGCAACCAGCAAUGUGGUGCCGAUCGCCGUCGGAGCAGCUCUAUGCGGCCUUGUGCUAAUCGUCCUGGUGGCCUACAUCAUUGGACGCAGUCGACACCAGCGCACGCACCGAGGAUACCAGUCUGUCUAACCUGGUGUUGUACGUGUUUCGGCGGAUACUACGCUGUCCGCUUAGAUAAGGGCUGGCUAAUGCGACCUUGUACUCGUUGCGUUUGUAACACGCUGUGUCACAGGCAGCUCUGUUUGGAUGUCCUCGUAUAUCUGCUCAUCCUCAUCACAUGACCAGAGCAUCGCAUCGCUACCAAGUGUGGUUGGUUACUUUCCCUUUCUUCUAUCACUUCUUAAUGAAUCAUGCUUGGUGUUUGUCGCUGGACCAUGACCUUUUUUCCGCCAAUUUCUUUGAUUCCCUGUGUAACAUCACGCACACACGCAUCCUGUACAAUGGCAACGUUUGUCUGUGUGUCUAGAUGAUUUUGAAUUGUUUUUCCGGCUCCGCUUCAUUUUAAUCAAUGACACAUUGUGCCAAUAAUAAUAAUUAUAUCUGUGUUUCAUGUUUGUUCUCCUGUAUUCUAAGCUAGCAUUGGCAGCGAGUACUUGUCCACUUAUUUACCUUCACCAUUUACUAGUAGUAGCAUGACAGAAGUGACUCGUGCCAUCUCUUUAGUUUCUAGAAUGCUUUACAGCCGCCCUUCAUGUACACUUCAGUGGCGCUCCGUGCGGUGGGAGUUGAACUCUUCAUCUGCCGAUUAUUUUUGACGUGAACGAUGACUUUUGAAUAUCAUGCACCUUGUGUCCUCUCUCUUUCGUUGGCCAGGUGCUUCUAA